AUGCACGCAGUUUUACUUGUCGGCCAAAUCAUUGGCAUCUUCUCCAUCUUUGCCGCCCUGCUUUUUGUCAUUGCCAAGCUGAUUUCCUGCCAUUACCGCAGCCCUGUGGAGGAUGGGUACGGCUACGCUGUGCUGAUAACAGGCUGCGACAGUGGCUUUGGACACCAGCUGGCUCUGUGUUUGGACCAAAAGGGGUUUGUAGUCUUUGCUGGGUGUCUGUCUCCAGAAGGAGCCGGGGCCCAGAGCCUGAUGAGACGAAGCUCCAGUAAUCUGAAAAUCCUCAAGCUGGAUGUGACCAGUGAUGAAGAUGUGCAGCAGGCGAAGAGGAUGGUCCAAAACAACCUGCCAGUGAAAGGCCUGUGGGCAGUGGUGAACAAUGCCGGCAUCUCAGACUGGGGAGAGAUUGAAUGGAGCACCUUUAAUGACUUCCGCAAUAUGGUCGACGUCAACCUGUUUGGCUGCAUCAGGACCUCUGUUGCGUUUCUACCUCUGGUUCGUGCUGCUAAAGGUCAGAUGGUUUAUGUGUCGAGCAUCUUCGCUUUCUUCAACUGCCUGAACAUGGGAGCGUACAGCGUGUCAAAGAGAGGGCUGGAGGCGUUUGCGGAUUGCUUAAGGGUUGAAAUGGCCAGUUUUGGUGUGAAGGUCAGCAUCAUUCAGCCUGGUAACUUUGGCCAAGCCACCAAUAUCCUGAAGAUGAAAAGUGGCUCAGAUAUCUGGGAAAAGUUCGACGACGAGCACAAGCAAAUAUUCAACAGACAGUACAUCGAGCUGGCCAAUGAAUACUUCAUAAUGUCAUGCAAGUCGGGAUUCAAAGAUGCCGAAAUGGUGAUCAGAGCCAUGCUGCAUGCAGUCACAGCCGCUCAGCCUAAAACCAGAUACCUGCUGGUCUCUGCCAUGGAUCGGGUUUUCUUCCAGCUCAUCCCUUUCUUCCCCACUGCUCUCACCGAUGCUGUGUUCUCUCUCAGCUCCAUGUACGCUAAAAGAAAAGAAAUGCUUUACUCACAAUAG